GGAGCCUCGCCGGUGCCCGGGCGGCGGCGGAGCCUCCCCGGUGCGGGCCGGGCGAUGGCGGCGCCCCCGGGGCGGCGGGAGCGGCUGCGGGCGCUGGCGCUGGGCCGGGGGGCGCUGGGGCUCGAGACCCUCCUGGACCUGCUGCUGGGGCUGGCGGGGGGGCUGCGGCACCGCCUCGGCCACCGGGAGCCCCCCGCCGGCACCGGGCCCGCCGCCGCAGGCAGCGGCGACAGCGGCGACAGCGGCGGCGACAGCGACGGCGACAGGGAGAGAGACAGAGAGAGACACGUCCGGGACUUCCUGAGCUGGGCCGAGCCGGCGGCCGCGCAGGUCCGGGAGCUGCAGCUGCAGCGCGGAGACUUCGAGAUCCUGAAAGUGAUCGGGAGAGGCGCCUUCAGCGAGGUGGCCGUGGUGAGGAUGAGGGAGACGGGGCAGAUCUACGCCAUGAAGAUCAUGAACAAGUGGGACAUGCUGCGCCAGGGACAGGUGUCGUGUUUCCGCGAGGAGCGGGACGUGCUGGUGCGCGGGGACCGGCGCUGGAUCACGCGGCUGCACUUCGCCUUCCAGGACCCGCAGUGCCUGUACCUGGUGAUGGAGUACUACAUCGGCGGUGACCUGCUGACGCUGCUCAGCAAGUUCGGGGACCGGCUGCCGCUGCCCAUGGCGCGCUUCUACCUGGCCGAGCUGGUGAUGGCCAUCGACUCCGUGCACCGCCUGGGCUACGUGCACAGGGACAUCAAACCCGACAACAUCCUGCUGGACCGCUGGGGCCACAUCCGGCUUGGGGACUUCGGGUCCUGCCUGCGCCUGGGGCCCGAUGGCACCGUGCGCUCGGCAGUGGCCGUGGGCACCCCCGACUACCUGUCCCCCGAGAUGCUGCUGGCGGUCGAGGACCCCUCGCGCUCCUACGGCCCCGAGUGCGACUGGUGGGCGCUGGGCGUGCUCGCCUUCGAGAUGUUCUGCGGCAAGCCGCCCUUCUUCGCCGACAGCGUGCUCGAGACCUACGCCAAGAUCCUGCACUUCCAGGACCACCUCCACCUGCCGGACGCCGAUGACGAUGACGAUGAGGAAGGGGGCGGGGCCGAGGGCUGGCGGGCCGUGCCCGCGGCCGCGCGCGCGCUCGUGCGGGGGCUGCUGUGCGCGCCGGGCGCGCGCCUGGGCCGCGGGGGCGCGCGCGACUUCCGCGCGCUGCCGCUGUUCGCGGGGCUGCGCUGGCGCGCGCUCCGCCGCUGCCCCGCCCCCUUCGCGCCCAGCGCCGCCGGCGCCGCCGACACCUCCAACUUCGACGUGCUGGACGACUGCCUGAGCCCGCCGCAGGAGGUGCCGGGGGAGCCGGGGGUCCCCCCUGAGCUGGAGCUGCACCUCCCGUUCGUGGGGUACUCGUACGCCCGCGCCGAGCACGAGGAUGAGGAAGAAGAGGAGGAGGAAGAGGAGGAUGAGGAGUGGGACCAGGACACGGCCAUGGAGCUGGAGGGGGAGUGGGGGACCCCCCCCCGAAUCGGGGACCCCCCCGGGCGGCGCGACCCCCUUGGCCAUAGGGACCCCCCCGCGCAAGGGGACGCCCCCACCCCCGGGGGUGCUGCCACGCUCCGCAACCCCCCCACCCACGGGGGGGCCCCCCAAGCCCCCCGGGAGCCCCCCCUCAAAAAGAGCCCCCCCCCGCCCGCGGGGACCCCGACACCGACGGAGGGACCCCCCCCAAAAAGGACCCCCCCCACCCGGGGCCCCCCCCCAAAGGACCCUCCCCACCCUCGGGGGCCCCCCCGCCCGCGGGGACGCCCCCUCAAAAGCUGCCCCCCCCCCACCCCCAAGGGAGAACCCCAUCCCCCACCCAAAGCCCCUCCCCCCCAGCCCGCGGGACCCCCCCCGGCCGCCCCCCACCAAAAAGCGGCGCCCCCUCCCCAGGGCCCCCCCCCCGGCCAAGGGGGGCCCCCCCGAGGACGCCCCCCCCCGGGCACGGAGCCCCCCCGGGCGCCGCCGGUGGCGGUCCCGGUCGCGGUCCCGGUGUCGGUCCCGGCGGCGGUCUCGGUCCCGGUCCUGGCGGCGGUCCCGGCGGUCCCGGUGUCGGUGCCGGUGCCGGUGCCGGUGCCGGAGCCGGAGCCGGUGCCGGUGUCGGUGCCGGAGCUCCGGGAGGCGCUGGCCCGGGAGCGGCGCGGGCGGGAGGAGCUGGAGCGGGAGCUCGGGAAGCUGCGGGCGGCGGGACAGGGGCUGGCCCGGCGCCUGCAGGAGGCCGAGAGCCGCAACCUGGAACUGGAAGCGAAACUGCGGCGGCUGCAGAGCGACCCCCCCCGGGCCCGGCCCCCCCGCGCCAGGAGGCGCGGGGCAGCCCCCCCCCAUCGCGGCCCCCCCCGCGGAGCCCCCCCGGCUUUUCCGCUCCCCCCUGGGGCUGCCCCUGUCCCGGCACCUGCUGCUCUGGGCCCGGGUGCCACACCCCGGUGCCACCAAGGACUGUCUGCUGCUCUGCGCCGCCGGCCUGCGCCCCCCGCCCCGCGCCCCCCGGGACCCCCCCCCUAA